AAAAUGCCAGUGACAAGAAUGCGCAUGAGGCCUUGGUUGGAAAUGCAGAUCAAUUCCAAUCAAAUACCAGGACUGACCUGGAUCAAUAAGGAUAAGAUGAUGUUCCAGAUCCCAUGGAAACAUGCAGCUAAGCAUGGCUGGGACAUGGAAAAAGAUGCCUGCCUUUUCCGAAGUUGGGCCGUUCACACUGGGAGAUACAAGAUAGGGGAGAAAGAACCGGACCCUAAAACAUGGAAGGCAAAUUUCCGCUGUGCCAUGAAUUCAUUGCCUGAUAUCGAAGAAGUGAAGGAUAAAAGCAUCAAUAAAGGCUCCAGUGCAGUCCGGGUUUACCGAAUGUUACCACCUUUAACAAAGCUACAGAAAAAAGAAAGGAAGUCAAAAUCAUCUAGAGACUCAAGAAACAAGAGCAGGAGAAAGCCAUAUGAGGACAUGAGGUCAGAUGAAGCAGUAGAAGCACUAAACAGCACAAUGAUACCAGAUGACCACAGCAGUUACACAGUUCAAGACUAUGCAGGACAGGAAGUGAAGGUUGAAAGCACAUCUGUCACCCUCGAUCUCUCACCAUGUGAUAUACACACUGCAGUGACCGAAUGGAGAACCCCAAUGGAAAUAGCACUGGCUGACAGCACAAAUGACAUCUACCAGCUUCAAGUGUCACCUCUAGCUUCAUCUUCUGAAGUGACAGAUGAAGAUCAAGAGGAAAUAAAGUCAGACCUUUUAAAGCUGCUUGAACAAGACUGGCAUACAACCAGCAUUGGCGGGAAAGGCUAUCUUACCAAUGAGCCUGGCACACAAAGCCCGUGCAGUUACAUGUACAAGGAGCAGGAUGCUGAAAUUGAUACCACCUCAGAAGAAAUCGAGCUGAGACUUUGCACUGAUAUGAAAAGCAGCAGUCUAGAGUUCUCUUGGCUGGAGACAGUAAGAUCUUCGAAUAUGCAAGCCAUUCCUUGCAACUUCUAAACCAUGUUCUUUCUUUGAACCACAAACGUUUACUUCUGCAAGCCCUAACAGAGUGGAAGGAGUUGUUUGUUACUGAGUCUGGAGGAGGAAAAAGAUUUACUAUCCGUUUAACUUCUCUGAUUCAAAGGCCGUUAAGAAGGAAAGCUCCAUGAUCACAGAUAUAUCCCACCUUGUUAGAACUCUUCACAUUGAAGUGAUUAACUAAGCCAUAGGCAUAGACAUUUAUAAUUGCUUCCAAUGUGAAGUUGUUCAUACCGUAAUGUGAAAGGAGGUUCCACCUUUUCUGGGGGGUGAAGGUGAAAGGUGCUGUGUAUCACGAGAAGUAGGGCUAAGAUUUAUAUAGUCCUUGUUUGUUUUCUGUGUUUUUCAUGCUAGACCUUGAAAGCACUGCUUUUGGCGAAGAUUACAGCUUUUACAGAAGCAGUGCUUCAGAGACUCUCAGCCCUCCAGCCCCCUACUAGUUUUGGUUGCUGCUUACCCAGAUGAUACCUGGGAAGUUAUGAGCUUAAUUACAAUCGUUGCAUAUUCUGAUUUAAAAAAAAUUGCACUAAUUGGCCCUCUCUUCGAUUAUUCCAGCAUAUAGAGUUCAUCUCCAAACGCAAAUCUUCAUUUCUGUAAAUACGUUUAGUCAAAAAAAAGUUAACAAAAAAUAAGUCUGACAUAGGCUUUGCUUCCAUGUAUUAGUUGUUCAAAAGAUCUACUCAUAGGACCUUAUCCUAUUAUCAUUAUGUAUGGCAUAUAUCCAUUUUUUCACAUACUUGCUGUCAAAAAGCUGCCACAGCGUGGGAUUUUCCCCCUCCACUGAUGGCCAUGCUAAUUUAUUUAUAUAGUGCCUUCUUGAGAGCCACUGCAGUGCUCUAAAUGGUAAAAGAAUACCUACAACAGAAGACACACUGAACUGUGAAGCAGCUCUUAAAGAAAACCAAUGGCAUGAGCCUAUGCAGAACAGUGCAAACUCCAGAAUUGAAAGAGGGCUUUAGUUUAGGCAUAUCUGAAAAAAAAUCUAUCAGAUCACUAAAUAGUAAUUGAACCUUAUUCCUGUAUAUAGUUUUGUAUAUAUUGUGUUGUACAUUUAUUUUAAUAAAAAAUG